GCGGCGGCGGCAAAGAUGCCCGACCGCGACAGCUACAACAACGGCAGCAGCGGCGAUGAGGUGGGUGCCAACGCCGACGAUAUCUGCCGCGAUUUCCUGCGCAACGUCUGCAAGCGAGGCAAGCGCUGCCGCUUCCGGCACCCCGACAUCAGCGAGGUCACCAACCUGGGCGUGCGCAAGAACGAGUUCAUCUUCUGCCACGACUUCCAGAACAAGGAGUGUGUCCGCCUCAACUGCCGCUUCAUCCACGGCACCAAGGAGGAUGAGGACUGCUACAAGAAGACGGGGGAGCUGCCCCCGCGCCUGCGGCAGAAGGUGGCCGCCGGGCUGGGCCUCUCGCCCGCCGACCUGCCCAACAGCAAGGAGGAGGUGCCCAUCUGCAGGGACUUCUUGAAGGGCGACUGCCAGCGAGGCGCCAAGUGCAAGUUCCAGCACCUGCAGCGGGACUACGAGUACGAGGCACGAGGCAUGGCCGCCCGCGAGCAGGGCAUCGUCCCCGCCGUCCGCCGCUACGACCCCUACGACGCCAUCUACGACCCCGACCGCUACGACGACCAUGACCCCGUGCUGAAGCGGCGGCGGGUGGACGGGCUGCACUUUGAGACCUACGAGUACAGCUUCGCCAGCCCGCGGACGGUGGAGUACCGGCUGCUGGAGGAGGAGAACAUCAUGCUGCGCAAGCGCGUGGAGGAUCUCAAGAAGCAGGUGAACAACCUGCUGGCCACCAACGAGGUGCUGCUGGAGCAGAACGCCCAGUUCCGCAACCAGGCCAAGGUGAUGACGCUGAGCUCCACCGCCACCGCCACCGAGCAGACUCUGGCCCCCACCGUGGGCACCGUCACCAACUACAACCACAGCAUCGCCCAGACCCACACCACGCUCAGCAGCCAGGCCCUCCAGCCCCGGCCCGUUUCCCAACAGGAUUUGGUAGCUCCCGCCGGAGCCCAGGCGGCUCCCCCCGCCAACGCCGCUCCCCCCAUGAACCCCGAAAUCACCCCGCUUUCGGCCGCCUUGGCCCAGACCAUCGCGCAGGGCAUGGCCCCCCCUGUCUCCAUGGCGCCGGUGGCCGUCUCGGUGGCGCCGGUGGCCGUCUCCAUGGCGCAGCCGCUGGGGGGGAUCACCAUGAGCCACGCCACCACCCCCAUGGUGACGUACCCCAUCGCCUCCCAGAGCAUGAGGAUAACGGCCAUGCCCCACUGA